AUGGAUUAUCUAUUUAUCUAUUUAUUUCCCUCUGUUUUUAUCUAUCUAUCUAUCUAUCUAUCUAUCUAUCUAUCUAUCUAUUUCAUCUAUUCAUAUCUAUCUAUCUAUCUGUCUAUCUAUCUAUUUAAAUCUGUUUAUAUCUGUCUUCUGUUCAUACCUAUCUAUCGAUCUAUCUAUCUAUCUAUCGAUCUAUCUAUUUUAAUCUGCUUAUAUCUAUUUGCGUCUGUUCAUAUCUCUCUUUAUCUGUUUAAUCUGUUCAUGUCUAUCUAUCUAAUUCUUCUCUAUCAAUCAAUCAAUUUGUUAAUAUCUAUCUAUAUCUAUCUAUCUAUCUAUCUAUCUAUUUCAGUCUCUAUCAAUCAAUCAAUUAUAAUCUGUUUCUAUCUAUCUAAUCAGUCUAUUCAUAUAUCUAUCUAUCUGUCUAUUCAUCUAUCUAUCUAUCUAUCUAUCUAUCUAUCUAUCUAUCUAUUUCAGUCUCUAUCAAUCAAUCAAUUUGUUAAUAUCUAUCUAUCUAUCUAUCUAUCUAUCUAUCUAUCUAUCUAUCUAUUUCAUCUAUUCAUAUCUAUCUAUCUGACUGUCUAUCUAUCUAUCUAUCUAUCUAUCUAUCUAUCUAUUUCAUCUCUAUCAAUCAAUCAAUUUGUUAAUAUCUAUCUAUCUAUCUAUCUAUCUAUUUCAGUCUCUAUCAAUCAAUCAAUUAUAAUCUGUUUCUAUCUAUCUAAUCAGUCUAUUCAUAUCUAUCUAUCUGACUGUCUAUCUAUCUAUCUAUCUAUCUAUCUAUCUAUCUAUCUAUUUCAGUCUCUAUCAAUCAAUCAAUUUGUUAAUAUCUAUCUAUCUAUCUAUCUAUCUAUCUAUCUAUCUAUCUAUCUAUCUAUCAAUAUCAUUUCAGUCUCUAUCUAUCUAUCUAUCUAUCUAUCUAAUCUCUAUCAAUCAAUCAAUUUGUUAAUAUCUAUCUAUCUAUCUAUCUAUCUCUCUAUCUAUCUAUUUCAGUCUCUAUCAAUCAAUCAAUUUGUUAAUAUCUAUCUAUCUAUCUAUCUAUCUAUCUAUCUAUCUAUCUAUUUCAGUCUCUAUCAAUCAAUCAAUUUGUUAAUAUCUAUCUAUCUAUCUAUCUAUCUAUCUAUCUAUCUAUCUAUCUAUCUAUUUCAUCUAUUCAUAUCUAUCUAUCUGACUGUCUAUCUAUCUAUCUAUCUAUCUAUCUAUCUAUUUCAGUCUCUCUCAAUCAAUCAAUUUUCUCUAUCAAUCAAUCAAUUUGUUAAUAUCUAUCUAUCUAUCUAUCUAUUUAUCUAUUUCAAUUAUAAUCUGUUUCUAUCUAUCAAUCAAUCAAUUAUAAUCUGUUUCUAUCUAUCUAAUCAGUCUAUUCAUAUCUAUCUAUCUGAUCUGUCUAUCUAUCUAUCUAUCUAUCUAUCUAUCUAUCUAUUUCAUCUAUUCAUAUCUAUCUAUCUGACUGUCUAUCUAUCUAUCUAUCUAUCUAUCUAUCUAUUUCAGUCUCUAUCAAUCAAUCAAUUUGUUAAUAUCUAUCUAUCUAUCUAUCUAUCUAUCUAUUUCAGUCUCUAUCAAUCAAUCAAUUUGUUAAUAUCUAUCUAUCUAUCUAUCUAUCUAUCUAUAUAUAUAUUUCAGUCUCUAUCAAUCAAUCAAUUUGUUAAUAUCUAUCUAUCUAUCUAUCUAUCUAUCUAUUUCAGUCUCUAUCAAUCAAUCAAUUUGUUAAUAUCUAUCUAUCUAUCUAUCUAUCUAUCUAUCUAUUUCAGUCUCUAUCAAUCAAUCAAUUUGUUAAUAUCUAUCUAUCUAUCUAUCUAUCUAUCUAUCUAUCUAUCUAUCUAUCUAUUUCAGUCUCUAUCAAUCAAUCAAUUUGUUAAUAUCUAUCUAUCUAUCUAUCUAUUUCAGUCUCUAUCAAUCAAUCAAUUUGUUAAUAUCUAUCUAUCUAUCUAUUUCAGUCUCUAUCAAUCAAUAAAUUUGUUAAUAUCUAUCUAUCUAUCUACCUAUCUAUCUAUCUAUCUAUCUAACUAUCUAUCUAUCUAUUUCAGUUUCUAUCAAUCAAUCAAUUUGUUACUAUCUAUCUAUCUAUCUAUCUAUUUCAGUCUCUAUCAAUCAAUCAAUUUGUUAAUAUCUAUCUAUCUAUCUAUCUAUCUAUCUAUUUCAUCUCUAUCAAUCAAUCAAUUUGUUAAUAUCUAUCUAUCUAUCUAUCUAUUUCAUCUAUUCAUAUCUAUCUAUCUGACUAUCUAUCUAUCUAUCUAUCUAUCUAUCUAUCUAUCUAUCUAUCUAUUUCAGUCUCUAUCAAUCAAUCAAUUUGUUAAUAUCUAUCUAUCUAUCUAUCUAUCUAUCUAUCUAUCUAUCUAUCUAUCUAUUUCAGUGUGUAUCAAUCAAUCAAUUUUUAUUUAUCUAUCUAUCUAUCUAUCUAUCAAUAUUUGUUCUAUCUAUCUAUCUAUCUAUCUAUCUAUUUCAUCUCUAUCAAUCAAUAAAUUUCAUCUAUCUAAUCUAUUUAUCUAUCUAUCUAUCUAUCUAUCUAUCUAUCUAUCUAUCUAUUUCAGUCUCUAUCAAUCAAUCAAUUUGUUAAUAUCUAAUAUCUAUCUAUCUAUCUAUCUCAAUCUAUCUAUCUAUCUAUCUAUCUAUUAUCUAGUCUCUAUCAAUCAAUCAAUUUUCUAUUCAUAUCUAUCUGACUGUCUAUCUAUCUAUCUAUCUAUUUAUCUAUUUCAGUCUCUAUCAAUCAAUCAAUUUGUUAAUAUCUAUCUAUCUAUCUAUCUAUCUAUCUAUUUCAGUCUCUAUCAAUCAAUCAAUUUGUUAAUAUCUAUCUAUCUAUCUAUCUAUCUAUCUAUCUAUCUAUUUCAGUCUCUAUCAAUCAAUCAAUUUGUUAAUAUCUAUCUAUCUAUCUAUUUCAUAUCUAUCUAUCUAUCUAUCUAUCUAUCUAUCUAUCUAUCUCAUUUUGACCAGUAUCUAUCUAUCUAUCUAUCUCUAUCUAUCUAUCUAUCUAUCUAUGUUUCAUUAUCGGACUCUAUUUUACUCUUUGCAUAUCUAUCUAUCUAUCUAUCUAUCUAUCUAUCUAUCUAUCUAUUUGUUUAUAGUUAUUUAUCAUUAGUCUGUUUAUAUCUAUCUAUCGAUGUAUCUCACUAUCUAUCUAUCUAUCUAUCUAUCUAUUGA